UGCGUUUGAACGCAUCGGUUUAGAUAUUUAAUAUAACUUCCAUUUUUAAUAACUGCAUCAUAUCUUAUAGAAAAUCUAUUUCUGUAAUAUCUAUUUCAUUAGUGCAACGUAAUAUGUGAAGAUACACAUGGGCAUCAAUAAAUUCCGAUCCAUAAUGAUUUCCCAACCAAUUGUGGUUCCUGGAGGUGAACAUCGAUCCCAAUCAGAAAGUCAGUCUAUGUCUGUUGGGAGUACUUCUGAUUCCUUCAAGACUACGACACCACCAAAUGUUAGCAGAUCACUUAGUAAUCGUAUUAGUGACAGUGGAUAUGGUACAUUACCAAGUAAGCUAGAACCAGUGGAUCAACAACUUCGACGAAGCAGUGUUCAAGUUCAAUCUGCAACUUUACCUAAACUUCCAUCAACAGAGUCCCUAUCAACAAGUGUAAAUUUUACAACUGCUGCACCUCCACUAUCUCCAGGGUUAUCUCCAAUGGGGGAAGGCAAUCAAAAGACAGAUAACAUAUCUGAUAAGUCUUUAGAUUCUUGUAAGUUAACAAGAAAAGAAUCAUAUAAGGCUCAAAGAAAAAAUUAUCGAAUGGAAAAGAAAAGAGUUGCCAAUGAACUUUUAAGUUCAUUCAAGGAUCCAACUGUUAUUGUGAUGAGCGAUUGGCUUAAAGUUCGUGGAACAUUAAAGAGUUGGACAAAACUAUGGUGUAUUCUCAAACCUGGUUUGCUGUUGCUAUACAAAAGCCCCAAAACAAAAAGCAAUCAUUGGGUGGGAACUGUAUUACUCAAUACAUGUCAAGUGAUAGAACGCCCAAGUAAAAAAGAUGGAUUUUGCUUUAAAUUAUUUCAUCCUUUGGAACAGUCAAUAUGGGCUCCAAGAGGUCCAGAAAAAGAAGCCAUUGGUGCUGUUGUACAACCUUUACCAACUUCUUACUUAAUCUUUAGAGCUCCUUCACAGGCAGCUGGCAAAUGUUGGUUGGAUGCACUUGAAUUGUCUUUACGUUGUUCCUCUUUAAUAGUACGUUCAACAAGUGCAUUACCGCGUGCUUUGCCACAUGAUACUACAACAACUCAUGAAACACAAUGGAGUGAAGCAGAUUAUGAAAAACAUUUUGAUGAACAUGACUUGGACGACAUUAGCCAACCGGAAAAUGGAGUAGCAGCUGAUGCAGAAAUUAGUGCUUCGGAUAGUGAAUCUGAAGGAUCGGCCAAGGAAGACCAGCCGGAGACAGUUAAUGAAACACCAUAUGUAGCAAAUGAACAGGAAGUUCUUGGAUCGGCUGGAGAAGUAGUUACAGAAUUACAGGAAGAACAAAAGUCUUUAAUAUGGUUCUUGAUGAAACAAGUUCGACCAGGCAUGGAUUUGUCAAAAGUGGUCUUGCCGACUUUUAUUUUAGAACCUCGUUCGUUUCUAGAAAAGUUGGCUGACUCUUAUUAUCACGCAGACUUAUUGUCCCAAGCAGUGGUAGAAGAUGAUGCAUUUACACGCAUGAAAGUAGUCGUUAAAUGGUAUUUAUCUGGAUUUUAUAAGAAACCUCAAGGUUUAAAGAAACCGUAUAAUCCGCUUUUGGGUGAAACUUUCCGUUGCUAUUGGCAACAUCCUAAUGGUUCUAGAACUUUCUACAUUGCUGAGCAACUAUCUCAUCAUCCACCUAUAUCAGGAUUCUAUGUUACAAAUCGACAAGAUGGCUUUACUAUUAGUGCUACAAUUAUUGCUAAAUCUAAAUUUUAUGGAAAUUCAACAUCAGCAGUGCUAGAUGGUGUUGCAAUAUUGACAAUGUUACCCAGAGGAGAAGAUUAUACAAUGACUAUACCCUAUGCUCAUUGUAAAGGUAUUCUUAUGGGAACAUUAACUAUGGAAUUAGGUGGAAAGAUUCAUAUAAAUUGUGAGAAAACUGGUUACCAUACUGAAUUAGAAUUUAAACUGAAGCCAUUCCUCGGUGGUGUAGAACAAAUGAAUCAAGUUGCAGGAGGUAUACGCCUUGGAAAAGAGACUCUUGCCACUAUAUCAGGGUAUUGGGAUGGUCAAAUAUUAAUUACUGAUAAAAGGACAGGGCAAGAAAGUGUAUUUUUCAAUCCUACUCCGGAAAUACGUAAAAAAAGAUUGAAAAAGUAUACUGUACCUUUGGAACACCAAGGUCUAUGGGAAAGUGAAAAAUUAUGGUAUGAUGUUACGCAAGCAAUCAAUCGGGACGAUCAGAUUGCUGCUACUGAAGCAAAAACGCAAUUGGAAGAAGCGCAGAGAGAUCGUGCCAAAGAACGAAAACAAAAAGGGCAGGAAUGGAUUCCUAAACACUUUGUUCAGGACAUUAUAACGGGUAACUGGGUUUAUCGACAUGCGGACGUACGACCGUGGGAUCCUAGAAAUGAUGUUGUGCAAUAUGAACAAGAUUAUAUAGUGCGUACAAAAACUAGGCACAAGACACCAAUUAUGCGGUAGGUACUAAUAGCACUAACAUUCUUAUUUACAUUACAGGUCCCACUCCUUCAAGCCGAGUCUCGUUCUUCACUCUCUGUAUUAAAAUCUUCCAAAAGACAAUUGUCUAAUAAUUUACCAUUAACAGAAACAGCACAUGAUUCUGGAAGUUCCUCUGCAGAGGUACAUUCAGAUUCUAGUCAGUCAGUAGGUAAAAGGAAGCGUUCUACCGCAAGGAUAAUGGAUAUUAUUAAAGAAAUAGAAAGGCAAGUGUCAGAAUACGGUGAUAGGCUUAAUCGCAUACAACUUAUAUUAGAACAACUUGCUAUAAAACAAAGAGAGCAAGGUGAUCAGCAUCAUAGUAUAAGUAUGUUCAAAAGCUUCAUAGAUAUGAUUCGUGUUAUUGUAAUUGUUUUUUCUGUACAAUACUUUAUAAAAAUAUGGAGCGACGAACCCAGCGGAGGUUGA